UUUACCUGUUAACAUUCGAUUCGUUCCACUAGUACCAAAAAGAACCAUGGCACUUUCAGAAAAACAAGUUCAAAAGUUUAUGGAAGAUGGAUACCUUCUUAUUGAGAAUUUCAUCACAGAUGCAGAGGCAGACAUUAUACGUAAAGAAUGUGAUAAAGUUGUAGAUGACAUGAAUCCAGACGAGCAUAACACAGUAUUUACAACACUUGAAAUGAAAAGGACAUCAGACGAUUACUUCCUGAAUAGUGGUGACAAAAUUAGAUUCUUUUUUGAAGAUGGAGCAAGAGAUGAACAAGGAAAAUUGAAAGUAGAGAAACAUCUUUCUUUGAAUAAAAUUGGUCACGCAUUACAUGUACUGAAUCCAGUUUUUAAGAAGCUGACAUUUGAUGAAAGGAUAAAGGCAAUAGCUAAGUCAAUCAAUCUUGUUGAUCCAGUUGUUUGUCAGAGCAUGUACAUUUUCAAGCAACCAGGAAUAGGAGGAGAAGUUAUUCCACAUCAAGAUUCCACAUUUCUUUACACUGAUCCUAUGAAGUUGUUUGGAAUCUGGAUAGCAUUGGAAGAUGCAGCUGUAGAAAAUGGAUGUUUAUAUUUUAUUCCAGGAUCACAUAAAAGUGGUAUCUAUGGCAACAGAAGAAUGAUCAGAAACCCAGAUAAGAGUGAAGGACAGUCUACAUGUACUUUCAGAGGUGAAACAGAAAAGUUUGAUAACAACAAGUGGGUAUCUGCACCAGUGAAGAAAGGUGGUCUUGUUCUGAUACAUGGUGAGGUGGUUCAUAAGAGUGAGCGAAAUACAUCUGAUAGUUCACGCAAUAUCUACACCUUUCAUGUAUAUGACCAAAAAAAUACUAAGUGGUCAGAGGAAAAUUGGCUACAACCAACAGAAGCAGUGCCAUUCACACCCCUGUAUGCAACUUCUCCUGAAUAACAUUUGUUACUUACAAAAGCUGAUUCAAAUGGAGUCAUGAUAUAGACAGAUAUUUCGCUGAAUAUCUUUGAUUGUUUCAUCCUGACACCAAGUCAAAUUGAUUUUAUAAUAAUUAUGGAUUAUUGUAAUUUUGAGAUGUGAUUUAAAUGAUUUUGUAAUAAUAAUAAAUAAUAGAUAAUGAAAUAUAUUAUGGACAAAUAUUCUAUAUCAUUAUAUCUUCAUGCAAACAGAACUGAAAACUGACUUUAUAUUAAAAGGAUUAUAUUUUUAUGUUCUUAUAUGAAUAAAAUGCACAUCAAAAAGCUUGUGA